AAACUGAUUCAAUGUUACCUCCAUUGCAGUCAGCAUUGAAAUUUUUAGUAUUGAAUGCGAUUAGAUAGUUUGCUUUAGUAAAAUUAUAAAAGAGUGAUUGAUCAGCGCUGUCCCCUUUAGAAAUGUCGUUUGAAGUUAUUCUGCGCCGUUCGAAACCUGGGCUGCAACUUUCACCUCCCUUGAUCACAUUUCUUACUCGCCUUUUUGGCUAAUUAUAUGUAUGCGUAUAAAUACUGACAGGCGGCGCUUGCGAAAGGAGGCGAGCCAAGAUGACGAAUAAAGAUGCUCUUUCCAUGAUGAAAGACUUGGCCACCACAGUCGAAUUUUCUUUCUUUUUAAAUAGGCCUAUUUAUAGUGCAGAGAAGCAAAAAAAACCUCGAUCGAAUGCGACCCGAUUGAUUAAUGUGAUACCUGAAACUAAUAGAAAAUUAAUGUUAUUUUUUUUUCAAUUCAAAUAAAAUAAAUCGAAUAAAAGAAGAAGACAAUGGCUUUUUUUUUGUUGUAUACUAUCACAGUUUCUUUUGUACUUGCUAGCGUAGAAGCUAUUGACUGGUUGAAGGCCUCUCCUAGUACACUCCCAUAUUUAAAAAAAAAAAAAAGAAAAUAAAAGAAAAGAAAGGGUCUAUACAUUAACCGUGACCACGGGAGCAAUCGUGUACAACCGUGCAAGUCAAAGGGAUCAGACUCCCAUGUUCAGUCGACUGGAAACAGGGCCGAUGUGGUUGUGGGUCGCCAAAGAUAUACAUACAAUAAAAGAAAGAAAAAAAAAAUAAUCAAUAAAAUAAAUAAGAAAAGACGUUAAACGAUCAGCACACACUCGUCCAUUAGUGUCGAAGGAAAUAGAAAAUAAAAAAGAUGUAUGCAAAGAGACAGGAAAACAAAUCCUAGAGGGGCUCCUCGAUGACAAUUGUAUUAUAGCCAUCGCGGGAAACGUCCAGGAAGAGCUACCACCAAAGAAAAAAACAAAACACGAAAGAAAGAGAGAAUGAAGGACGAAGGAAUGAUUGAACACGAUAGCAAAAAAGGAAAAAAAAAUAUUUGAAACAAACUUGUAGAAUCAUGUUUUUUUUUUUCUUCUUAUCCCACCUGUGGCGUCAGUGAUUUAUAGACCGUGAAGAGGGAAAAGAUGUUGCUAAGGACGCAAGAAAGAAAUGAAUACUAGUCAAAAAUAAAAAAAAGUGAGAACCAAAGCGGAAGAAGAGAAGGAAAAAGAAUGGUACAAUCAACUUCAUGAGGAGGUGGAGUGUGUCGCCAUGGGACGUAGAGACGGGCGUGCGUCGCACGACUUGAUGGUAAAGAGCGAGAUAGAAAGGGGCGGCUGUGUGCGCUACGAGCCUUUUUUAAAAGGGAGACGGGCACGUUGGCAGUCACGCUCCGACUCUAGUCCGUCAAGGAUCUCAUCUCUCUCCAAAACACCAAUAGAUCCAUCACACACAUUUUGUUUGUUUUGUUUUGAAAUCAACGAUGGAAUACGACACGUUUCAUUGCAAUCGCGUCUAGUGUGCAUUAAAAACAAAAAAAAAAGGGGCAAAACAUUUGCAAAUGUGUUUGUGUUUUGGAUUGAUUCCUUUGAAGAAAAAAAGAAAAUUGUACGAGUGCGAAUAGGUUGGAGAUUUCAGCGGCGUCAUGGCGUACGCGUCGGCUGGUGCGGGAAGCAAUUUGCACGAUGAUCUAUCAUCGGCUUGUACCGUGUCUUCCGGUCAGUGUGUGGCACCUUAUCCGUACGAUGUCGACGUCUCGUCUAUCGCCACGCGAACUACAAACAACAAUCCCGUCAUACGAUCGUUUGGCGGGGUACGCCAAUUCCUCUGCCGCACCCUCAAACAAGUCCAUUUUUCCGGCGUUCAUCACGAGAGCCGGCCUUUCCCGCUGGAACGACCCAAGAGACCAGACAAAAAUCUACAGGCCCUCUGUCGGGCCACGCAACUCACCAAAGAAGAAUUGAAAAAGUUCUAUCGAGCCUUCAAGCAGGAAUGUCCCCUCGGAACGGCAGAACCGAAGCACUUUCGAUUCAUCCUCACCAAAUACUACCCGCUGGGAGACUGUUCCAGCUACGCCACCUGUUUGUUCAACGCUUUCGAUCCACAACGCAAGGGCUACCUGACCUUUGAGGAGAUGGUGUUGGCCAUAUCAGCCCUUUCUAGAGGAUCGUUAGCGGACAAGCUGCGCUGGGUCUUUACGUUGUACGAUUCGGACGGUGAUGGUGUCAUCCAUCGGUCAGAGAUCCGUGACGUCAUUCUGGCUGCCUAUCGAAUGGGAGGACGAAAUCAAGGUAACCCAUCAAUUAAAAAGUUGGCACAACAUCCGUCAUUGUCGCAGCAACCGACGAGUUCCGUCCAAGUGGAUCAGCUCAUCAACCAACAGACUGACAAAGUUUUCCAGAAACUGGAUUUGAACCGCGAUGGAGUCGUCACCAUGGAAACUUUCCUCCAAGUUUGCCUCCAGGACCAGAGUAUCAUCACAUCUAUUGAGAGACUGACAUCCGACUUGGGAUGAUCCAGCGCGCAUCCGUUGACACACUGUUGCCGUCGUUUGAAAAAAAUCCAAUCAAUAAAAGAAAAGGCAAUCGGAAACGCACCACUUUUUUUUCGUUUCAUUUCACUUUUAACGAUCUAAUUUAAAAGCAAUUUUCCGUUUGAAUGUGUCGAUCUUAAUUGUCCAUAUUUUGUUACAUGUUUCCUCGAUACGUUUAUACAUAAUUCUACACAUCUAUAAAUACAGAUCUUAUAGGCUACAA